AAUAGGUGCAACUUUUGCAGCUAUGAUUGGUGCUGGAAUGUUGGUCAGGUCUAUAUCCUAUGAAGACAGUCCAGGAGCUAAACAUUUGGCUUGGAUGAUGCAUUCAGGUGUCAUGGGUGCAGUGGUGGCUCCUCUAGCCUUCUUGGGUGGUCCUUUGCUGAUCAGAGCUGCCUGGUAUACCGCUGGAAUCGUCGGAGGACUAUCAACUGUGGCCAUGUGUGCUCCAAGUGAAAAAUUUCUGAACAUGGGAGGACCACUUGGAAUAGGCUUAGGCUUUGUUCUUGCCUCUUCGAUUGGAUCCAUGUUCUUGCCUCCUACUUCUGCUUUUGGUGCUGGCUUGUAUUCGGUAGCUGUUUAUGGUGGAUUGGUACUCUUUGGCAUGUUCCUGCUCUACGAUACGCAGCAUGUUAUCAAGCGUGCAGAAACUCUUCCGUAUUAUGGAGUAAAAAAAUAUGAUCCAAUCAAUGCGUGCAUGGGGAUCUACACAGAUACACUGAACAUCUUCAUUCGGGUGGUCUCCAUGCUUGCAGGUGGUGGAGGUGGCAGGAGAAAGUAAACCGAGACUUCUUCGCAGUUGUCUGUCAGCCUAUCUAGUGCACAUACUAAAUAAAAAUUCAUGGUUACAAGCAGUUUUGCUGCAAGUCAGAAGUUUAAAGCAUUUCAGCGUAUUGUUUUAGUGCAAUAUGAUUCAGACUUCAUCUUCAGACACUUUCCAGCUCUGUUUAAAAAUAGUGUGAACUUCCUCUAAUUGUACAUUAUUUGGGACAAGUAAAUUAUUUUUAAUACAUGA